GGGGCGGCCGGCAGCUGGCGCUGGCCGAGGCGGCGGCGGGAUGGGACGCGCGCUGGGGCGCAGGAGCCGCGGCGCCGGCGGGGGCCGCGCAACUCCGGCCAAGUGCAGGGCGGGCGCGCGCUGAGCCCGGGCGCCGUCUGCAGCCGGCGGCCGAGCGCGGAGCCGAGAGGUGCGGGAGGCGGCGGCGCAGGAGCUAGCGGAGCCCCGCGCUGGCUCCCGGGAGGACCAUGCGGGCCCCGGCCGCGUCGCUCCGGCUGCUGCUGGCGCUGAGCGCGCUCCGCUGCUCAGAGAGCACGGGUCGAGGCGUUGCAGACAACCUGCAGAAGUUCUCUUCGCUGCCUGCCUAUCUCCCAGCCAGCUUCCACGUCUCUGACGCAGAAGAGGCAUUCUUCCUCAAGGAGGCCAACCAGGACCUCAUGCGCAACGCCAGCCUGCAGGCCCGAUCCGCCACACUCUUCAUCCACCGAGCCCAGAGCCCUCCCGCCAUCAAUGCCAGCUACGGCCCCUUCUCUGUGGAGAAGACAGUGCCCUGGGACUUCCUGCUCACGCCCACCCCUUUUGGAAACAUGGAGAGGUUCCCUUUCAACUGGAGGCUCAAAUCCCACAUCCUCGACAGUUCCAUCUUUUCCAACAGACCCAAAGUGCAGACACUGUUCUAUGUCACUGGCAUGGGCUGGGACUACAGUGACCCUGGGGAUGAUCUCCCCUGUGUCAAGAUGUUUGCUUUCCCAGAGGCCAGGGAGGUGGCGGCCAGCUGCAGGCUGCAGGGGGCCCCUGGGCUGUGUGUGGCAGAACUGGAGCUCUUGCCUGAGUGGUUCAGCUCUGGCCUGGAUCUGGAACCCGAGGAGGAGAUCCCGGCACUGCUGGGUGGCACGGCCAUGGAACUCUUCUUUGCGCUUUAUCCAGCCAACGAGGCUGGUCAGUGCCCGCUGGAGGAGGAGGGCAAGUGGGAAAACAACAUCCACUCAGAACAGGAGGAGCCUCAGCAGGUGCUCCCUGCCCGGGAGAGGAUCGGCAGUGUGGUGGUCUACCCUACACAGGACGACCUGCGGUGGUCCUUGGUGAGCCUGGAUGACAAUGUCGCUCUCUCCAUUCCUCUGAACCUCAUCCGAGAAGGGGACACGGCUACCUUUUUGGUCUCCCUGACCAGUGGCUCUGUGGCAGACCAGUUCACUCUUCGAAUCAAGGCGGCUGCGGGCGUGAAGAUAACGGCAGUGCGGGUGAGCAACGAGAACCAGUGGGCGGUGCAGGAGGACAUUGAGCAGGAUGGUACACAGACCACGGCAGCCCUGUCCUGCGUAGGACACCACCUGGAGAAACAGAGCAGGGCAAACGGCUCCUACUAUGAGAUUCUGCAAGUGGACUUUGGGGUUGACAACAGCAGUGGCCUGGCUGGGGCCCAGCAGAUCACCUGGCAGGUAGAAUAUCCGGUGGAAGACUCCACGAGCGAGCUCUUCGUCUCUGAGAUCUUCAUCAGCCAGACGACCUUCGUGGGCAUCGUCCCUGUCGCCAUGGACACAGAAGUUUUGAACACCGCCAUCCUCACCGGAAAGCCUGUCUCAGUUCCCGUCAAGGUCGUGGGGGUUCAGGAAGAUGGAUCUGUGGUGGAUGUGUUGGAGUCUGUGGAAUGCAGGUCGGCCGAUGAAGAUGUCGUGAAGGUCUCCAACACCUGCGAUGCCAUCUUUGUGAAUGGGAAGGAGAUGAAGAGCAAAGUGGGCACGAUCGUGAACUUCACCCACCAGCACUUCACCUCCCAGGUGGAGGUCACCGUCUGGGUGCCCCGCCUGCCGCUGCAGAUAGAGAUCUCAGACACAGAGCUGAGCCAGAUCAAGGGCUGGAGGAUCCCGGUGGCCUCCAACAGGAGGCCCACCCGGGAGAGUGAUGAUGAGGAAGAUGAAGAGAAGAAGGGACGAGGGUGCACCCUGCAGUACCAGCAUGCCCUGGUGCGAGUUCUCACCCAGUUUGUAGCCGAGUCACCUGACCUGGGUCAGCUGACCUACAUGCUGGGCCCUGACUGGCAGUUUGACAUCACCGACCUUGUAACCGACUUUGUGAAGGUGGAGGAACCGAAAAUUGCCCAGUUACAGGAUGGCAGGAUCCUGGCAGGGCGGGAGCCGGGCAUCACUACUGUGCAGGUCCUCUCGCCUCUCUCUGACUCCAUCCUGGCUGAGAAGACAGUUAUCGUCCUGGAUGACCGUGUCACCAUCACAGAACUGGGUGUGCAACUGGUGGCUGGCUUGUCCCUUUCCCUGCAGCCUCACAGAGCAGACAAGAGGGCCAUCAUCUCUACGGUGGCUGCUCAGGAUGUUCUCCAAGCCCCACAGCAGGAAGCCAUAGUCAGUUCCUGGAUUUUGUUCAGUGAUGGCUCAGUAACACCUUUAGACAUUUAUGAUCCCAAGGAUUUCUCACUGACCGUUUCCUCCUUGGAUGAAAUGGUGGUGUCCGUCCAGCCAAACCUUCAGACCAGAUGGCCAAUCAUAGUUGCCGAGGGGGAAGGACAAGGGCCCCUGAUCAAGCUAGAAAUGUCAAUCAGCGAAUCUUGUCAGAAGAACAAGAGGAAGAGUACUCUCGCAGUGGGUAAAGGGAGUGUCAGGGUCAGAUUUGAACCUGGGAUGCAUGAGCAGCAAGGAGGCAGCAAUGACAUCGAGGGCAUAAACCGGGAAUACAAAGGCCACCUCAGCAAUUCCAUAGAGCGUGAGGGAAGCCAGGAGCGAGCCGCCCAGGAGUGGUUCCAACAUGGUGCACCAGUUGGCCACGAGGACAGGACCAACAAAAGCACAACCCCACAGGCUCCCAUGGGAGGAAAGCUGCUCAAAGGCGGAGCGGAUGCCUUCACAAGCUUCCCCACUCAGGGGAAGUUACCAGAAUCCAAUAACCCUGGCGACCUCACAAUGACCUCCAGGGGCUUAACAGAUUUGGAGAUUGGCAUGUAUGCCCUGCUCUGUGUCUUCUGUCUGGCCAUCUUGGUCUUCCUGAUCAACUGCGUGGCCUUUGCUUGGAAGUAUAGACACAAAAGGUUUGCAGUCAGUGAGCAAGGCAACAUUCCCCAUUCCCACGACUGGGUCUGGCUUGGGAAUGAGGUAGAACUUCUGGAGAACCCCGUGGACAUCACUCUCCCCUCGGAGGAGUGUACGACCAUGCUUGACAGGGGCCUGCAGUUCGAGGAGAGGAACUUCCUGCUGAAUGGCAGUUCCCAGAAGACUUUUCACAGUCAGCUGCUUAGACCUCCUGACUAUGUGUACGAGAAGGAGCUGAAAAAUGAACCCAUGAGUUCUUCCGGCCCCAAGAGGAAGAGAGUCAAGUUUACUUCCUACACCACCAUCCUCCCUGAGGAUGGGGGCCCAUACACCAACUCCAUCCUGUUUGACAGUGAUGACAGCAUUAAGUGGGUCUGCCAGGAUAUGGGGCUGGGGGACUCGCAGGACUUCAGAGACUACAUGGAAAGACUACAGGACCAGAUGUAAAGACCUUUCUUAUGUUUGUAUUCACCUUAUGCCUUCUGUUUUCUGGACGGUGGAGCAGUGGGUCUGAUGAGCAAUAGGGGGUGACUCCAUAAAGUGUCAGGGUGGGGGGUCUGGAGGGAUCCCUCUCGGAGUGGAUACCAGCAGUCUAGAGAACCAGGGCUCCAGCUGGGCGAUGUCUACUACACGGUGGCUCCCAGGGAUGGGAGUCACCCAGAGGCAGCAGCCUAGCAGUAGGCACAACCCCACAGACACUGUGAGUCACCUCAUGACCAAUGGCCGUGUGUAAUUAGGAAUGUUCCGGAUGGUGGUUUUUCUAUUCCUAGCCCUUUUAAAGCACAGUGGACGCUCAUUGAGCGUGGCCUAAGUUCGAAUCUCCGUGGCGGAAGAUUGACUGAAUGUAGCUUCCUUAGUUGUCGGGAGUGAGGCUCAUUAUUUUUAUAUACAUUUGGACUUGUACCUAUUCUUUUGACCUUACAUUUUUUGAGGGGGAGGGGUUGUUUCAGAAACACAUAAAGGAGAAGUAUAUCUGAUGUUCUUCCUGUGAGUUUUAUUCUGUGGGGCUCAUCAUGUCCUGCCAUUUCUGGGUCUUCACACAGGAUGUCAUUUCUUUUAAAGACUUUGUUGCUGGGGACAGUGUUUAAGUGACAUAUCCUCAUGCUUUAUGUCCUUCUUCUUGCCAUUGGACAUUCUUAUAUAUCUCAGUGGCAGAGGUCUCACUGAAGACACAGAAGAGAGAACUUUUUGUUUCCUUUUUUCUAUAUGAAGUUUAACAAAUUUGGAGAAAGUUGUGUCACAAACACUUGUUUUCAUUGUCAGCUUGUUAGUUAUUUCCAGAUCUCCUGGGGGUGCAGUUCUGAGGGCAGAGAGACUCCAACAUCACAGUAUGGAUAUAAGUCCUUUGUGCUCAACACAGUGUAUUAUUCAAACUAAACUAAAAGGCAGGAUUGAAGGGCUGGAGAAAUGGCUUGGUGGUUAUGAGCACUUGCUGCUCUUGUACAGGACCUGGAGUUCAGAUCACAGCACCCACAUGGUGGCCCACAACCCUUUCUAACUCCAGAUCCAUGGAAUCUGAUGCCCUCUUCUGGCCUCGGUGGGUACUGCACUCAUGUGUGCGCACACAGACACACAUACACAUAACUUGAAAAAAAACCCAAAUCUUUUAAAAAGUGGGAUUGAUCUACAUAACAAAGACAUGAAGAAACAGCUUCAUAUUCAACUCUCGACGUUGCAGAUUAAAAUAAAACAAAACAAACAAACCAAUAUUCCAAGUUAGCAAUAUAUAGAAGUCAUUCAUACAAGGACUGAAAGAAAAACCACCCUCAUUUGUCAUUUUGGCAGAGAAGAAACCAUCUCAGGCAUCUUUUGGUAGAGAAAGCAAUGGUUUUUCCAAAUCCAUAACUAUACAUCAUGAAUGUCCCAGAGCCCAAGAAUCAGCUGUUACAAACUAUGUUAUUAAAUCAAAGAUGCAAGAGAAAAAAAGAUUUUUUGUAUAAUUUUCAAUAAAAGCGCUAUUUACAAGCAUCAUGAAGUCCCAAGAAAGGCAGAGAUUUUGGCUUGGCAAAUAUGACAUUUUUGUUUAUCACAAUGAUGUAACUAGAAAACCAGACAUUUGACUAGUAUGCCUCAUUGUGAACUCACCUCGUCAUGGUCAGCUCUCAACAAUGGGAUUUUUCAAAGGCCCCAAGCAGGAAGCACACGCAGAAGGCCACUGAUAUCAAAGGGCUGCUGUCUGAGCCUCUCAGAGGAGAUGUUUUCAACCCUCUGCUCUCAUUUUGCGUAUGUGCAGGCUGGAAAUAUGGCAGCCUUCCCUCCCCUAGCCAUGACUGGACAGCUAAGACUUUCUCCCUGCCUCUCCCACUCCCCACACUGCAGUGUGUGUUGACAAACAGGCUUGGGCAUGCAGGCCACGUGCUUCAGAACUGUGCUCGCUUGCUUCUGUGUUUAGAAUGGCUCUAAGAACUGAAACUGCUGGGGUCCCUGAAACCUUUGACUAGAGAAUGAAGCCAGGAGAGGAAGGUAUAGCACAAGCUUGGUUCACAUCUGCAGCUGCUUAGAGCGCUCUAGUUAGCCGCCUGCUUCUAGAAAGGUUGGGGCGGGGGUGGGUAGCCCCAAACCACUUGGGCAGGGCAGCAGAAUUCCAGAUAAGUGCAGCUCUUUGUAUGAGCUGUUUUCGAUCCUAUCUCCCGUCACAGAAAUAGUGGGAACCAAUAGUGAGGUACCCCCUGGAAGCAGGGACAGACAAAGAAGCCUGCCUACUCUUGAUUAGCUGGAGCCUUGGGCUUGCCUAUAGCUUAUCAGGAAAUUAGCAUGGGCAGCACAAGUAAGGACUUCCUGUGAUUGACAGACGAAGUGGGCGGGGAGGAGCUGACCAUGGUUCUGAAGAUGCCUCUGUAGGCCUCUUAGACACUCAGAGAAUUGGCCUCAGUGCACAUUUCAGUGUGUCUUUGUGUUAGGAAACCACCACUUCAAAUCAAAGCCAAGUGGCAGGUCCUGAGGGAGACGACCCUUUUAAUAUGUGACACACAGUUACGUACAUACAGACACAACGUGAACACAUGUGUCCACAUCUCUGUGUGUGUGGAUACCAAGGAGUCACGGACUCAGUCGCUUGGUGGGAAUCAAAAGAGCCUGUCAGUCAUUCUCAGAUUCGGCUUGGGCAGAAUGCAGCAUCACAGCGUCCUGGCAGCAUCUUACGCUCUAAAGAUCUCCUGCGGCUCAUAAUCUGUGGUUAUCUCACCUGAUUUUCUACCAAGUCAGCUAUGAUGUUUGUGCUAGCCCCUAAAAAACCUGAACUAGAAUCGGGGAGAUGGCGUAAAUCAUCAAGCCUUAAAAUCCAGUUUCCCAGGGCCAUGAAUUGGCCUGGACUUCGGUUUUCAUGGUUGAGAUAUCCAAAUUAUAACUCUUGAUAUAUUUAUUUCAUAUAUAUUUAUGGUUAUUUAACCUAGCCAGACAUACUUUAUCAAGUCCCUUGCUCUGCCACAAGAAUGAUGUCUAUAUGUUCAGAUUCAUCCUGGGGAAGUCAGGAGAGAGCAACAGGCUGUAGGUUCUCUGACCACACAGAGAGAGGUUGAGACACGGGAUGGACAAAAGUAGUGUGACCCAGGACAUUCAGACAAUGGUGUUACUGUCUUCAAGAUCUGUCUGUGGUGCUUUUGGGAUCAAGGCAUAGGGACUCAAGAGGCAGGUGCCACACCAAAGAGCUGGAGCUGAAUGGCAGGUGUACCGGGUUUAAGAGACUCAUUAAUACAGUGGGAGCUUUGGCCAGAAAGCAGCAUCUAACUAAUGUUAAAAAACUGUCUGGCAUGCGUGUCAGGGUACAGCCCCAGACUGUGGCAAUUCUUAGCUGUCUAGGCAGAACGUUUCUAUUUAUAGACAUGAAUACAACCAAGACAUGCAUUGGUUUUAUUUUACCCCGUGGCCACACCUAUGGAUGGAAGUAAUUUGUAACUCAUUUAAGGUUUAGGAAGUCCCCUUUGGGUAUUCUGAUCAACAUUUUUCUGUCUCACUCUUCUUGGGGCUGGAGAGAGAGAAAGAAAGAAUUCAGUCUGUAAACUUUGCUGCAUAAGUCUAAGGGCUGGAAUUCGAGCCCCCCAGAACCCACAUAAAAAUCCAGGUGUGGUAGUGUAUGCUUAUAAUCCCAGCAUGAGAGAGGUGGGGACAGAUAGGCACCUGAGGCUUUCUUUUCAGUCAGCCUUGCCUAAUAGGCAAGUUCCAGAUCACAGUCAGAGACCCUGUCUCAACACGAAGGUGGGUGAUGCCUGAGGAGUAUCAUCUGAAGGUCUAUACAUGUGAUUCCAUGCGUUCAUGCACACGUGCACACACACGUGCACGAACGCACACAUACAAAAAAGAGAGAAAGAAAGGAAAAAGAGAUAAAAAGAAAGGGUUGACACCACAGUGAAGCUGUGUCUAUCAAUGAGGAGUUCCCUGGUCCCCUACAGUGACCACAGGCAGUAUUUUCAAAUCCUAUCUUCAGCCCAUUGGGUUUUCUACUCUGGUCAUCUAAAGAGAGUCACGUUUCUCCAUCCAGGUCUCUGUAAAUGAUGCCACAGAUGGCUUAUGAAUCGCACCUUUCUCCUCCAUCAAAACCAUAUUUGUAUAAUGUAAUGCAUCUCAUCUGUCCCAUAGAGGGUGGAUGGUGGGACAAAGUUUUGCUGAAAUACAGACAGCAGAUAUUUUUGUAUGUAAUAUAGGCAAUAUAAUGAAACUGUGAACGGUGUAUUGGAAUAAAUACAUUUAAAAAUAAAAGCAUGUGAAACUUUAGCCUUUAAGUGUACAGACAUCCAGCUCAACAAUAUUUAAAUGGAUGAUGGGAAGACCAUUGGGGCCUGACAUUGACAAAUACACCCAGUUAGGAAUUCUGACCCAGAAAGGAGAUUGUGGCUCAUGCUGGGAUUGUUGAUGGAAUCUUCCAGAACAUUUUGAUCUUACUCUUCAUUACUUUCUGAAUUUUUUCCUCCCCCUCCCUUUACUGGAAAUAUUUCAGAAAUAAAGUGACUUCAUUUUUCAGCAUAAAGGUAUAUUCUAACCACAGGGUAACACCAUUUUUAACAUGGAAAUAAACAU